AUGACCUUCCAGAGCCGACCGAUCAAGACCGGUCAAGCUCUGUUUUUAUUCUGACUUCUCAAUACUGAGCUUCUACUUCUUAUCAUUAAACACAUUAUGACUUUCAUGUACACACUGGGAAACAUACUAUUUUUUUACGCAGUGAUAGGGAAUAGGGUGCCAUUUGGGACGAAGCCCAAGUCUCCUGGAGACUUCGAACAUUUUGUCUGGCGCAUAGGGCUGUAGUUUGUUUACCAGUUAUUUUUUCAAAACCAACUACAAUGUACUGAAUAUAGGCUGCGCUGAUGACUCAUUGUUUUAUGUGAUGAAGUGCUGUGGACUUCAGAGAUACAUAUUUUGUGUGAGUCCCAAACGGCACCCUAUUCAGUGCACUACUUUUGACCAGGUCCCAUAAGACUACGGUCAAAAGUAGUACACUAUAUAUGGAUUAGGAUGCCAUUUGGGACAAAGCCUUGAUUUAUCUUUAAUAUCCAUGUGCUGUGGAAGAGGUCAAGAGGUGUUGAGUACUGAGUAUGUGAGAACCACGGGAUGAGCCAUUGUUAUUCGAGUACUGACUGAGUCCACUGAGUAGUAUGUGAAAGCUGCAUGUCGUGACUGCAGGAGAUUGUUCUAUCUAAAGAAUGUGAUGUUGCGUGCAGACAGACUGCAGUUGGACUGGCCUCUGGGUGGCCACCUUCUUAAGAACUCCCCUCCCUGCUGCACACGAGAGACCAUGUUUAAUAAAUGUCGUCUAGCUGGUCUCUUGACCCUCACAGCUUAGAUCAAACAGACCUGCCUGCCGUCCGACAGGGAGAUCUUUAGAGCCAGUCACUGAAACAGCUCAGAAGGUCUGAUAAUAUGAUUUUCAAACUAUAUGCCCCCAUCUGAGGUCUUAUCUCUAGGCAAAGUUGUUGCUUGGCAUUUUAACCAUUGACGUCCUUAUCGCCCCAUUAUUUGCUGUUUCAUGUAAAUGUCAAGUAUUUCAUGUCAAUUUAAAGUAUUUAAGCCCAUUCAAACAGUGUGUGCUACAGUGUGUGUUAGCCUGCUGAGUAUAGCCUAGGCAUUAGCCCGAGGAGCUAACGCAAGUUUUCAGGUCUCAGACAAGCUUCACAGCUCCACCUCUGUUGCACUUGGGACUGCCUGUCUGCUUUCAGCUGUUGUGGUGCCAGAACUCAGUCUGCUGUCAGCUGUUGUGGUGCCAGAACUGUCUGCUGUGGGUCCAGAACUGUCUGCUGUGGGUCCAGAACUGUCUGCUGUGGGUCCAGAACUGUCUUCUGUGGUGCUAGAACUCAGGACCAAAUCUUGUGUGCGCUGGUCCUCUACUCAGUCUACCUAGCACAGGCUUUCCCCGUCAGCUGUUGGGCUAAACCAACAGUCCUCUGAGAAAGGAAAGAGAAGGGGCUACUGACCAGCUCCUAGCCAGCCAGGCAGCCAGCCACCCACCCACCCAGCCAGCCAGCCAGGCAGCCAGCCAGCAAGCCAGCCAGCCAGCCAGCCAGCCAGCCAGCCAGCCAGCCACCCACCCACCCAGCCAGGCAGCCAGCCAGGCACCCAGCCACCCAGUCAGCCACCCAGCCAGCCAGCCAGCCAGCCAGGCAGCCAGGCAGGGUUACAAUCAAUUACACACGGAGUUGAACUCAGGCGAUUUCCGGUCAGGCUUUCUAGGCAAAUAGCCUUAUUAUCAUAGAGCCUGCACAAUACAGCUGAUUCAUCCAUAAGUAGAACUAUUCAGCUGUGUUUUCCUUUGGUCAACUGGGAUUUAAAAAAAAAAUCUGGUACAGGAGAGGCACUGCAGGCACUGGGAUGUCUGUUCUGGUCUAGUUGAAUGGAAUUUAUAGACAGCUUGGUCACACAAGUUAUUCAAACCUAUACUAUAGCAGUAGCUCCUGAAACAGAUGGUGUGGGACAUGGACUCAUCUUUCAAAAUAAUAUAUGACAUGGACUAAUUUCAUUUUGGAGUUUACUUGUACACAAUAUUCUCAAGGCCAGUUAUCACACAAACAGACCACCACAUUGGCUGCAACUCAUGUGAUCAGCAAGGCCAUCCACAUGACUCAGCUUUUAAUGGGUUUCAGAUUUUAUUGUGGUUUGUAAUACAAUGUUCCACUCAUGCACAGAAAUAGUGCCCAACAGAAAUAACAUACUUUCACCUUGGUCUUUUUUUAUUCAAUAUAGUAACCAUCUCUAAACCUUUCUCUUCACAGAUUCUGGACAAAGCAGCGCACCCCAACUGUCUCCUUCACAUCUCUGUGGAUUCUACCCUCUGAACAUCUCUGACCCUAGCCGUCAGACUCCUACCACCCACCGCCACCAUGCUUAAGAACAGCAAGGUGACCCUGGGUAUCCCUUACAGUGAGCCCGUCACUGAGUCAGUGGCGGACCUCCUGACCCUGGCCGAGCCCCUCGACUAUAAGAGCAGCCGGAUGAGUAUGGGCCUCAGCCCCGGGGCCCAGCCAGCCAUGGGCAAGGGCCUGCUGCCUUCCCCAGGGGACGAGGAAGGGAGGCCGGCCUGGAACAGCAAGCUGCAGUACAUCCUGGCCCAGGUUGGGUUCUCUGUAGGCCUGGGCAACGUCUGGAGGUUCCCUUACCUGUGUCAGAAGAAUGGAGGAGGUGGGUACUGGAGAUUCUGGGUAUUGUAGUCUCUGGUGGAGAAUAAUGGGGAGAACCCAGUGUAUCUUUAUUUGACCUAAGUGAACUGUGUUAUAAUGAUGAUGAUGGUGAUGAUGUUGAUGACAGUAAGGAUGACGUUCACAAUCAGGGUUCAGACAUAGACAACUAUAACCCUCCAGCUCCUAUGGGUGAUAUUGGGUGACAGGACCCAAUUUAGCAGGAUGGAAAAUAUGCUUCAAUCAUGACUUAACGUGCUGUGGAUCAGCCUCCCAGGACAUCUACACAAUGGAGAGCAGGUGGCAACGACAGUGUAAGAGGUUCCUGUUUCUAUCAUGUUAAAUAUUAGCCACUAUCAGUAUCGACCAUCAGUAGGCCUAAUAACCAAACUGCCAAUUUACUGUUAGUUCCGUUCGGUUGGUAUAGCCUACAUAAUCAUUCCAUUUAAUUGCAUUGUUUCUUUUACAUUAAUUUGCUUCCUCUGUAAACGCAGUCAUGGGCGUGAGGUUGUUGCUGAAGAUCAUUAGUAACAGUUCAUAAUAUCAAACUAAAUGUAUGGAUAAUUAAAUCAUUGUGGAGUGGGGCGCAGACCAUUCCGUAACAGUUUGAACCCGACUGAAGGCGCAAUACUUGGCUGUGCCAUCACACAGUUCCAUGGUCAGUGCAGGCAACAGACGAGGGUACAGCCUACUAUUGUACACUAUUCUCCCUAUUAUAAUUCUAUGUACACAACCCAACAUUACCAUGGGGUUGAAAAACUGAAUGUGGCCAUUUUAUGAAUGAAUCAAACAAUCGUUUUCUUUCUUUCAUGCAUAAAAGGCUCUCCAAACCAGUUUUUUAUGAUUCAUAGCUACUUUCUUAAACCUAACUAGUCUACAAGAUCAGAGUUUUUUUUUUUUUAUAUUCCAAUUGGUGCUGAAACGGAAUACGAAUAUGCAUAUAUUUAGGUUUCUUUUUAAUCGAUCCCUACCUAAUAUUCUGACCCCGUUCUCUCGAUAUAUUCUAACGAGACUGUCGACAAAAUUACAACUAAAACGUACACCGUAUUUAAAGGGAUGCCUUGAGAUAAAUGUAUAUCCUAAUACUAUGGUACCCUAGUAUACCCUAGUACUAUAGUACCCUAGUAUACCCUAGUACUAUAGUACCCUAGUAUACCCUAGUACUAUAGUACCCUAGUAUACCCUAGUACCAUAGUACCCUAGUAUACCCUAGUAUUACCCUCCACUGGGAUACUGUCCUACCCUAAACACUGCACUGUGUCAGCUCUGUGAACAGAUACUGGGCUCCUGAGUGGCGCAGUGGUCUAAGGCACUGCAUCGCAGUGCUAACUGUGCCACUAGAGAUCCUGGUUUGAAUCCAGGCUCUGUCGCAGCCGGCCGCGACCGGGAGACUCAUGGGCGGCGCACAAUUGUCCCAGCGUUGUCCAGGGUAGGGGAGGGAAUGGCCGGCAGGGAUGUAGCUCAGUUGAUAGAGCAUGGCGUUUGCAACGCCAGGGUUGUGGGUUCGAUUCCCACGGGGGCCAGUAUAAAAAAAUACGUAGUCGCUCUGGAUAAGAGCGUCUGCUAAAUGACUAAAAUGUAAAUGUCAUAAUUGAGUGCAUUAGGCAUUCUGCAAUAAGCUGCACGUGGCAUUCAGGAAAUGAGAGAUACAUAAAGCUUAAAUGCUGCAGAUGUAUUUUCUCUGUAAUGUGACAGUAACACUAUUUGCUUGAAGGACAAUGAAGCAGUCAUACUAUGUUACCAUGCAUCACCAGCCAUCAAAUCAAAUGUUAUUGGUCGCAUAAACGUGUUUAGCAGAUGUUACUGCGGGUGUAGCGAAAUGCUUGUGCUUCUAGCUCCGUCAGUGCAGUAAUAUCUAACUAUUUCACAACAUAUACCCAGUACACACAAAUCUAAGUAAGGAAUGAAUUAUGAAUAUAUACAUACAUGGACGAGCGAUGUCAGAGCGGCAUGGACUAAGAUACAGUAGAAUAGUACAGAAUACAGUAUACACAUAUGAGAUGAGUAAUGCAAAAUAUGUAAACAUUAUUAAAGUGACUAGUGUUCCAUUUCUUAAAGUGGCCAGUGAUUUCUAGUCUAUGUCUAUAGGCAGCAGCCUCUAAUAUGCUAGUGAUGGCUGUUUAACAGUCUGAUGGCCUUGAUGCACCUGUACUGACCUUGCCUUCUGGAUGAUAGCGGGGUGAACAGGCAGUGGCUCGGGUGGUUGAUGUCCUUGAUGAUCUUUUUGGCCUUCCUGUGAUAUCGGGUGCUGUAGGUGUCCUGGAGGGCGGGUAGUUUGCCCCCGGUAAUGCGUUGAGCAGAACACACCACCCUUUGGAGAGCCUUGCGGUUGCGGGCGGUGCAGUUGCCGUAUCAGGUGGUGAUACAGCCCGACAGGAUGCUCUCAACUGUGCAUCUGUAAACGUUUGUGAGGGUUUUAGGUGCCAAGCCACAUUUCUUUAGCCUCCUGAGGUUGAAGAGGCUCUGUUUCGCCUUCUUCACCACACUGUCUGUGUGAGUGGUCCAUUUCAGUUUGUCAGUGAUGUGUACGCCAAGGAACUUGAAGCUUUCCACCUUCUCCACUGUGGUCCCGUCGAUGUGGAUAGGGGGGUGCACCCUCCGCUGUUUCCUGAAGUCCACGAUCAUCUCCUUUGUUUUGUUGACAUUGAGAGAGAGGUUAUUUUCCUGGCACCACACUCCCAGAGCCCUCACCUCCUCCCUGUAGGCUGUCUCGUCAUUGUUGGUAAUCAAGCCUACUACUGUUGUGUCUACUGCAAACUUGAUGAUUUAGUUGUAGGCGUGCUUGGCCACGCAGUCAUGCAUGAACAGGGAGUACAGGAGUGGGCUGAGCACGCACCCUUGUGGGGCCCCAGUGUUGAGGAUCAGCGAAGUGGAGGUGUUGUUUCCUACCUUCACCACCUGGGGGCGGCCCGUCAGGAAGUCCAGGACCCAGUUGCACAGGGCGGGGUUCAGACCCAGGGCCUCGAGCUUAAUGAUGAGCUUGGAGGGUACUAUGGUGUUGAAUGCUGAGCUGUAGUCAAUGAACAGCAUUCUUACAUAGGUAUUCCUCUUGUCCAGAUGGGAUAGGGCAGUGUGCAGAGUGAUGGAGAUUGCAUUGUUUGUGGAUCUAUUGGGGCGGUAAGCAAAUUGAAGUGGGUCUAGGGUGGCAGGUAAAGUAGAGGUGAUAUGAUCCUUGACUAGUCUCUCAAAGCACUUCAUGAUGACAGAGGUGAGUGCUACGGGGAGAUAGUCGUUCAGUUCAAUUGCUUUCUUGGGUACAGGAACAAUGGUGGCCAUCUUGAAGCAUGUGGGGACAGCAGACUGGGAUAGGGAGAGAUUGAAUAUGCCCGUAAACACACCAGCCAGCUCAGGAUAAUGAAGUAGUCAUGGAGGUCCCUCCAGUUCUCAACCAUCCCUGAGGAAGUAGUCAUGGAGGUCCCUCCAGUUCUCAACCAUCCCUGAGGAAGUAGUCAUGGAGGUCCCUCCAGUUCUCAACCAUCCCUGAGGAAGUAGUCAUGGAGGUCCCUCCAGUUCUCAACCAUCCCUGAGGAAGUAGUCAUGGAGGUCCCUCCAGUUCUCAACCAUCCCUGAGGUAGUAGUCAUGGAGGUCCCUCCAGUUCUCAACCAUCCCUGAGGAAGUAGUCAUGGAGGUCCCUCCAGUUCUCAACCAUCCCUGAGGAAGUAGUCAUGGAGGUCCCUCCAGUUCUCAACCAUCCCUGAGGAAGUAGUCAUGGAGGUCCCUCCAGUUCUCAUCCAUCCCUGAGGAAGUAGUCAUGGAGGUCCCUCCAGUUCUCAACCAUCCCUGAGGAAGUAGUCAUGGAGGUCCCUCCAGUUCUCAUCCAUCCCUGAGGAAGUAGUCAUGGAGGUCCCUCCAGUUCUCAUCCAUCCCUGAGGAAGUAGUCAUGGAGGUCCCUCCAGUUCUCAACCAUCCCUGAGGAAGUAGUCAUGGAGGUCCCUCCAGUUCUCAUCCAUCCCUGAGGAAGUAGUCAUGGAGGUCCCUCCAGUUCUCAACCAUCUCUGCUAAAAGUGAAGUGUGUGCACGCAUGUACUGGAUACACAUCACAGAGUGAGAGCGACCAUCUUAGGUUUCAUAUCUCACUGUCUCGUUCCUCUCUGAUCUUUCUCUUUAUAUAAAUAGGCAAAAUGGAACAUGUAUGUGUGUAUCCCAGUGAAACCUGACACCAUUGUAGCCUCAAGUCCAGGCUCUCUCUCUCUCUCUCUCUCUCUCUCUCUCUCUCUCUCUCUCUCUCUCUCUCUCUCUCUCUCUCUCUCUCUCUCUCUCUCUCCUCUCUCUCUCUCUCUCUCUCCCUCUCUCUCUCUCUCUCUCUCUCUCUCUCCAUGGUGCCGCUACACUAUGUUGACGUCACGUUGUCUUCUCUCUCAACUGGACUUGUUGUUAGUGAGUGAUGAUGCUCUAUGUGCACAGUGGAGCUAAAAGAGGGAGAGUAGAGAGGUACAGUUUAGUGGAAGACGAAGAGAGAGAGAGAGACAGGAGGUGGUUGACUGGCUGACUGACUGACUCACUGUGGCAGGCUAAUAGAGGACAUGACCAUCACAAAGUAGUCUGGCUUUGUUUUGGUUGGCAUGAGCUUUUCCUUCCCUCCAGAAGGCUGUUUCAAUAUGACCUUUAUUGAUUGUAAUUUACCCUCUCCCUCUCCUCCUUCUUUCCUCCACUUCUCCUUUCCUCCCCCCUCCCUCCCCCCACCCCCUCCUCUCUCAGGUGCGUACCUGGUCCCCUACUUCAUCCUCCUCAUCCUCAUCGGGAUCCCUCUGUUCUUUCUGGAGCUGGCGGUGGGACAGAGGAUCCGGCGUGGGAGCAUUGGAGUGUGGAACUAUGUUUACCCUCAGCUAGGAGGCAUCGGGGUCUCCAGUCUAAUGGUGAGAUGCACACACACACACACACACACACACACACACACACACACACAAGUUCCUUGGUGUCCUUAUCACUAAGGAAUUAACAUGGUCCACACACACCCACACAGUUGUGAAGAGGGCACGACAGUGCCUCUUCACCAUUAGGAGGCUAAAAAGAUUUGGCAUGGGCCCUCAGAUCCUCAAAACGUUCUACAGCUGCACCGUUGAGAGCAUCACCGCUUGGUACGGCAACUACAAGGCACCCGACCGCAAGGCGCUACACUGUGGCCAAGCUCCCUGCCAUCCAGGUCCUCUAUACCAGGCGGUGUCAAAGGAAUGCCCCCAAAAAUUGUCUAAGACUCCAGCCACCCAAACCAUAGACUGUUCUAUCUGCUACCGCACGGCAAGGAGUACCAGUGCAACAAGUCUGGAACCAACAGGACCCUGAACAGCUUCUACCCCAAGCCAUGAGACUACUAAACAAGACUGCUAAAUAGCUAAUCAAAUGGCUACCAGCUGCUGCUACUGUUAAUUAUCUAUCCUGUUUUCUAAUCACUUUAUAUCUGUACAUAGCUACGUCAGUUACCUCGUACCCCUGCACAUGGACUCGGUACUGGUACUCCCUUUAUAUAGCCAUGUUAUUACCUCUUACCCCUGCACAUCGACUUGUUACUGGUACUCCCUGUAUAUAACCAUGUUAUUACCUGGUACUCCCUGUAUAUAGCCAUGUUAUUACCUGGUACGUCCUGUAUAUAGACAUGUUAUUACCUGGUACUCCCUGUAUAUAGCCAUGUUAUUACCUGGUACUUCCUAAAAUAUAGCCAUGUUAUUACCUGGUACUUCCUGUAUAUAGCCAUGUUAUUACCUGGUACUUCCUGUAUAUAGCCAUGUUAUUACCUGGUACUUCCUGUAUAUAGCCAUGUUAUUACCUGGUACUUCCUGUAUAUAACCAUGUUAUUACCUGGUACUUCCUGUAUAUAAUCAUGUUAUUACCUGGUACUCCCCGUAUAUAGCCAUGUUAUUACCUGGUACUUCCUGUAUAUAGCCAUGUUAUUACCUGGUACUUCCUGUAUAUAGCCAUGUUAUUACCUGGUACUUCCUGUAUAUAGCCAUGUUAUUACCUGGCACUUCCUGUAUAUAGCCAUGUUAUUACCUUGUACUUCCUGUAUAUAGCCAUGUUAUUACCUGGUACUUCCUGUAUAUGUUAUUUUUACUUGUCAUUGUUAUUCAUUAUUCACUCUAUUUCUUCCUUGUGUUACUAUUUCUAUUUCUUAUGAUUUUAUUAUCUUCAACUCUGUAUUGUUGAAAAAAGGACCCGUAAGUAAGCGUUUCACUGUUAUUCUACACCUAUUGUUUACGAAGCAUGUGACAAAUAAAUUUAGAUUUGACUAGAUUUUUAUCGGGUUGUCCAGUCGUAUGGUGAGACCUAAUGUGCCUUGUCACAUACAUAUAGCAGCUAUCCUUGCUCUCAGAGUUCUAGGUUCCAGAUUAUGCUAUCUGGCAAUGCAAGAAUAGAAUAGUUUAUUGUCCUCCGACAAGCAGCCAAGCCUGUCCCAAAUAUACACCAUUCACCAGGAAAUGAAAAAGCAGUUUUGAUCUCAUUGUCUCAGUAUACCUGACAGACGUGGUCUGAUGAGACAUUUUGCUCAUCUUUCCUCAGAAGACCUUCCCAAAUUAGCAGCUUCCCUCAGAAGACCUUCCCACAUUCGCAGCUUCCCUCAGAAGACCUUCCCACAUUAGCAGCUUCCCUCAGAAGAUCUUCCGACAUUAACCGCUUCCCUCAGAAGUGUCACGACUUCCGCCGAGGCUGCCUCCCCUCCUUGUUCGGGCAGGUUUCGGUGUUUGUUGUCACCGGCUCACUAGCUACUGCCGAUCCCAUUCUCAUCACUCCACUUGUCAUGUCUUGUCUUGUCAAUCACACACACCUGGUGAUCAUUCCCCUAAUUAGUAAGUGUUACCUCUGUUCCCCUUGUCUUUGUGAGUGAUUGUUUCAUUGUGAGAGCGAGGAGCUCGGUUGAGCUACUCUUCCAUUUGUUAUUGCCAAGGUGGAAUAUUUCCCUUGUGAUAGUUUCGUAUUGACGCUGGGUGCGUUUUAUUUAUGUAAACGGAAUAAACUCUGGACUUCUGUGUUUUACCUUAUGCGCCUGACUCCUUCAUUCACACCUCAUUGCAGAAUCACUCACCCGCUGAAUGGAGUCAGCAGGAGAAGACCGCAUGCCUGGAGUUGUGGCAAGGGUCCAGGAGCAUUCCUCGAUGUUGGCCAGCUUGGGGGAAGCGAUGGAUCGGGUUCUUCAGGUAGUACAACGCCUGGAGAGGAGAGGACCUGAUCUAUCGAGACCAGCUGGUUAACCGGAUCCAGCCACCUACAUCCCAGCCCCUGGAGGGAUCCAGAUAUCCCGGCCACCGGCGUUUGAUGGGACGGCAGUGCGUUGUAAGGGAUUUCUGCUCCAACUAGAGUUGUAUUUCUCCAGCAUCAGGCCGGCGCCACUGGAGCGGGGAAGGUAUCCGUCCUCGUUUCCUGCCUUUGUGGGAGAGCCCUGGAGUGGGCCAACGCGGUGUGAACGAUGGAGGUGCCGUGUUGGAGGACUACGGGGAGUUUGCUCGCCUCUUUCGGGCCGUUUUCAAUCACCCACCUGAGGGUCGGGCGAACGACUGGUCCAUCUGAGGCAGGGGACGAGGACCGCACAGGACUACGCAUUGGAGUUCCGGACGCUGGUAGCGGGGUCCGAGUGGAACGAGCGGGCCCUGAUCGACCAUUUCCAUCACCUAAGGGAGGACGUCAGACGGGAGCUAGCCUGCUGUGAUGCCAUGCUAUCGUUCUCCCAACAGGUGGACAUGGCCAUCCGGCUGGACAAUCUGCUAGCAGCCAGAGGACGUCCUGGUAGGGGUCUGCCCGUUCCCUCUCCGGACGACUCUGAUCCCGAGCAGAUGGAGCUGGGGGGAGCCGCCAGUCGAGAGAGGGCAGGAGGACAGCGACAGUGCCACUCUGGUGGCACGAAGGGACAAUCCAGGUGUCUAGGUGUUUCUGUUGGUGCGACCAUGGUGGGAAGUCCAGACGGUACCCCCACUUCACCUGCUUCCUCAAGUUUCUUCUUUGUGAAGAAGAAAGAUGGCGGUUUACGCCCGUGCAUUGAUUAUCGACCACUGAAUAAGGUGACUGUACGAUUUAGUUAUCCUCUUCCCCUCAUUUCUUCAGUGACUGAGUCAAUGCCUGGAGCCCGUUUUUUCACCAAAUCAGACCUCAGGAGUGCCUACAAUCUGGUGCGUAUUCGGGAAGGGGAUGAGUGGAAAACCACAUUCAGCACAACCUUGGGGCAUUAUGAAUACCUGGCGAUGCCCUACGGUUUGAUGAAUGCUCCAUCCGUUUUCCAGUCCUUUGUGAAUGAGGUGUUUCGAGACAUGCUUGGUCGCGGUGUGGUGGUCUACAUCGAUGACAUCCUGGUGUAUUCCGCUACGCGCGCUGAACAUGUGUCCCUGGUUCGCAAGGUACUGGUCCGGCUGCUGGCGAAUGAUCUUUAUGCCAAGGCAGAGAAGUGUGAAUUUUUCCACCAGUCAAUCUCCUUCCUCGGAUACCGCAUUACUACCACAGGUGUGGAGAUGGGGGGAGAUCGCAUUUCAGCCAUGCGUAAUUGGCCGACUCCAACCACGGUGAAGGAGGUGCAGCGCUUCCUUGGCUUUGCCAAGUACUAUCUGAGGUUUAUUCAGGUUUUUGGCAAGGUCGCAGCUCCCAUUACCUCCUUGUUGAAAGGUGGGCCGUACCAGCUCCGCUGGUCUGCUGAGGCCGAUUUGGCCUUCAGUAGAUUGCGGGGUCUGUUCACCUCAGCCCCGGUACUGGCUCACCCCGAUUCAUCACUACCGUUCGUAGUGGAGGUGGAUGCGUCCGAGGUAGGGAUAGGCACUGUCUUAUCCCAACGCUCGGGCACGCCACCCAAGCUCCGCCCCUGUGCCUUCUUUUCGAAGAAGCUCAGCUCGGCGGAGCAGAACUACGGCGUUGGUGAUCGGGGGCUGCUGGCUGUUGUCCGAGCUUUGACGGUGUGGAGGCAUUGGCUCGAAGGGGCGAAACACCCUUUCCUCGUCUGGACAGACCACCGUAACAUGGAGUACAUUCGGGCAGCGAGGAGGCUGAAUCCUCGCCAGGCCAGGUGGGCCCUCUUCUUCACCCGGUUUGAUUUCACACUCUCAUACAUUCCGGGUACGAAGAACGUGAAGGCAGACGCACUGUCUCGGCUGUAUGACACAGAGGAGAGGCCCAGUGACAACACCCCCAUACUCCCGGCCUCAUGCAUUGUGGCGCCGGUAGUAUGGGCGAUGGACGCGGAUAUAACGCAGGCAUUACGCACAGAUCCAUCUCCACCGCAGUGUCCAUCUGGGCUGCAGUACGUGCCUGCGCUUAUCCGUGAUCGUCUGAUCUACUGGGCACACACGACACCCUCCUCUGGUCAUCCAGGUAUCGGUCGUACAAUGCGCUGCCUGACCGAGAAGUACUGGUGGCCUACCUUGGCUAAGGACGUGAGGGUGUAUGUUUCCUCAUGCUCAGUGUGCGCCCAGAGUAAGGCACCUAGGCACCUCCCAGCGGGUAAGCUACAACCUUUACCAGUUCCACAACGACCAUGGUCUCACCUUAGUAUUGAUUUUCAUACUGAUCUUCCCCUCUCCCGAGGUAACACCACUAUCCUGGUCGUUGUGGAUCGCUUUUAGAAGUCCUGCCGCCUCCUUCCUCUGCCCGGUCUCCCCACGGCCCUACAAACUGCGGAGGCUCUGUUUACUCAUGUCUUCCGGAAUUACGGGGUACCAGAGGAUAUAGUGUCCGACCGAGGUCCCCAGUUCACGUCUAGAGUCUGGAAGGCGUUCAUGGAACGUCUGGGGUCUCGGUCAGCCUGACCUCUGGAUUUCACCCCGAGAGUAAUGGGCAGGUGGAAAGGGUGAAUCAAGAUGUGGGUAGGUUCCUGCGGACCUACUGUCAGGACUGGCCGGGGGAGUGGUCGGUGUUCCUGCCAUGGGCAGAAUACGCUCAGAACUCUCUCCGCCACUCCUCCACUAACCUAACACCCUUCCAAUGUGUUUUGGGUUACCAACCGGUCCUGGCACCGUGGCACCGUGGCACCAGAGCCAGACCGAGGCUCCUGCGGUGGAUGACUGGUUUCGGCGCGCGGAGGAGACUUGGGAUGCUGCACACGUUCGCCUCCAGUGCGCCGUGCAUCGUCAGAAGGCAAACGCUGACCGCCACCGCAGGGAGGCCCCGGUUUUCGUACCGGGGGAUUGGGUCUGGCUCUCGACCCGGAAUCUGCCCCUCCGCCUGCCCUGCCGGAAGCUGAGCCCGCGGUUUGUGGGACCGUUUAAAGUCCUGAGGAGGAUAAACGAGGUUACAUACAGGUUGUUACUCCCCCUGAUUACCUUAUUAACCCCUCGUUUCAUGUGUCUCUCCUCAGGCCAGUGGUAGCUGGUCCGCUCCAGGAGUCUGAGGUGCGGGAGGUUCCUCCACCUCCUCUGGACAUCGAGGGGGCCCCGGCGUACUCGGUCUGUUCCAUACUGGAUUCAAGGCGUCGGGUGGGGGGCCUUCAGUAUCUCGUGGAGUGGGAGGGGUAUGGUCCGGAGGAACGGUGCUGGGUCCCAAGGAGGGACAUCCUCGAUCCCUCCCUGUUGAGGGAUUUCCACCGUCGCCAUCCGACUCGCCCUGCUCCGCGUCCUCCUGGCCGUCCCCUAGGCCGUGAUCGGCGCACUGCUGGAGCUGCGCGUCAAGGGGGGGGUACUGUCACGACUUCCGCCGAGGCUGCCUCCCCUCCUUGUUCGGACAGGUUUCGGUGUUUGUCGUCACCGGCUUACUAGCUACUGCCGAUCCCAUUCUCAUCACUCCACUUGUCAUGUCUUGUCUUGUCUAUCACACACACCUGGUGCUCAUUACACCAAUUAGUAUGUGUAUAAGUGUUCCCUCUGUUCCCCUUGUCUUUGUGAGUGAUUGUUUCAUUGUGAGAGCGAGUAGCUCGGUUGAGCUACUCUUCCAUUUGUUAUUGCCAAGGUGGAAUAUUUCCCUUGUGAUAGUUUCGUAUUGACGCUGGGUGCGUUUUAUUUAUGUAAACGGAAUAAACUCUGGACUUCGGUGUUUUACCUUAUGCGCCUGAGUCCUUCAUUCACACCUCAUCACAAGAAGGCCUUCCAACAUUAGCGGAUUCCCUCUGAAGGUCUUCCCACAUUAGCGGCUUCCCUCAGAAGGCCUUCCGACAUUAGCGGAUUCCCUCUGAAGGUCUUCCCACAUUAGCGGCUUCCCUCUGAAGGCCUUCCCACAUUAGUGGCUUCCCUCAGAAGGCCUUCCAACAUUAGCGGAUUCCCUCAGAAGGCCUUCCCACAUUAGCAGCUUCCCUCAGAAGGCCUUCCGACAUUAGCAGCUUCCCUCAGAAGUCCUUCCCACGUUAGUGUCUCUAGAAGGUUCAAAUCAGACAUGCAGACAUCAGCACUACCAGUCCCUUUCAUCUGUCAAAUGUCACAACCCUCCAUCCUCACUCCUCUCAGGCAGAACAGAGUCCCACUGCCUCCUGUGCAGGAGCAGUAGUGGAAAGGAGCAGUAUGGAUGUUGCUAACUGACGGACAAAAAGGCUAGCCUAGAGUGAGUGACAGUUGACUUUAGAUCUCAGGGCUUGUGACAUCACCAGGCUCAUGUCUGCAUUUGCUACAUCUACAGCCAGCCAGCCAGCCAGUCAGUCAGUCAGUGAGUCAGACAGACAGCCAGUCAGUCAGACAGUCAGACAACCAGUCAGCCAGUCUGUCAGAAAGACAGACAGACAGUCAGUCAGCCAGUCAGUCAGCCAGUGAGUCAGCCAAUCAGUCAGUCAGCCAGUCAGUCAGUGUGUCAGUCAGUCAGCCAGUCAGCCAGUUAUUCAGUCAACCAGUCAGCCAGUCAGUCAGCCAGUCAGCCAGUCAGCCAUACAGUCAGCCAGUCAGCCAGUCAGUCAGAAAGUCAGACAGUCAGCCAGUCAGUCAGCCAGCCAGUCAGUCAGCCAGUCAGUGAGUCAGCCAGUCAGUGAGUCAGCCAGUCAGUCAGUCAGCCAGUCAGUCAGUCAGUCAGUCAGUUAGUCAACCAGUCAGUCAGUCAGUCAGUGAGUAGUCAGUCAGCCAGUCAGCCAGUCAGUCUGUGAGUCAGCCAGUCAGUCAGCCAGUCAGCCAGUCAGCCAGUCAGCCAGUCAGCCAGUCAGUCAGUAAAUCAGCCAGUCAGUCAGUUAGUCAGCCAGUCAGCCAGUCAGUCAGUAAAUCAGCCGGUCAGUCAGUCAGUCAACCAGUCUGUCAGCCAGCCAGCCAGCCAGUCAGUCUAUCAGCCAGUCAGCCAGUCAGCCAGUCAGGUGUGGCAGGCUGGCUGGAUGGCUCUGUAUCAAUAGCCACUACAGUAGCUACUAGCUAGCAUAACAAUUAAGCAUUUUAUUGGGCAUACAUCUUAGAAUGAAGCAUCGUAUUGGGCAUACAUCUUAGAAUGAAGCAUCGUAUUGGGCAUACAUCUUAGAAUGAAGCAUCGUAUUGGGCAUACAUCUUAGAAUGAAGCAUUCUAUUGGGCAUACAUCUUAGAAUGAAGCAUUCUAUUGGGCAUACAUCUUAGAAUGAAGCAUCGUAUUGGGCAUACAUCUUAGAAUGAAGCAUCGUAUUGGGCAUACAUCUUAGAAUGAAGCAUCGUAUUGGGCAUACAUCUUAGAAUGAAGCAUCGUAUUGGGCAUACAUCUUAGAAUGAAGCAUCGUAUUGGGCAUACAUCUUAGAAUGAAGCAUUCUAUUGGGCAUACAUCUUAGAAUGAAGCAUCGUAUUGGGCAUACAUCUUAGAAUGAAGCAUUGUAUUGGGCAUACAUCUUAGAAUGAAGCAUCGUAUUGGGCAUACAUCUUAGAAUGAAGCAUCGUAUUGGGCAUACAUUCUAAGUAGUAUGCUGUACUGUGGAUAUUGGAUGUUGCAGUCAGUGCAGAAGGCCUUAUAGCACUAUGCAGCCCUGAGGGCUGAGGCAGGCUGGAUGUGGCACCAGGAGCUCAGCUCUGCCCAGAAGCUAUAAAUACGACCACAGAGGACUAGCUAGAACACUUCUGGAAGAACGCACUUCAAUUAUUCAUAGACACUUCAGCUGUGGGCUGCAUUAGUGUCUGAGCAGAGAACACAGAGAAGUGGUCCUGUACAUAUAGGCUACAGAAUGUGAAUUGAGUUGCCUGUUUAGCUUUGUGUGUUGUGUGUUGGCUAGGAAAGCCAUAUGUUUGUGUAACCAGCUAGACUAUGCCACCCUUUGGUUGACGGAAGCUCUGAAAUGCUAUGGGUUUCCCAAACAUAGACAUAUCAAAUGAACAAAAUAAAUACACCAGAAUACAAAAAUAGAUGUUUGUAGGUUGAGCAAUGACAAAGGUUUCUGACAAAGACCUAAGGAUUGUUCUACCUCUCUCUGUCUCCUCUCUGUCUCCUCUCUGUCUCCUCUCUGUCUCCUCUCUGUGUCCUCUCUGUCUCCUCUCUGUCUCCUCUCUGUCUCCCUCUGUCUCCUCUCUGUCUCCUCUCUGUCUCCUCUCUGUCUCCCUCUGUCUCCUCUCUGUCUCCUCUCUGUCUCCUCUCUGUCUCCUCUCUGUCUCCUCUUUGUCUCCUCUUUGUCUCCCUCUGUCUCCUCUCUGUCUCCUCUCUGUGUCCUCUCUGACUCCUCUCUGUCUCCUCUCUGUCUCCUCUCUGUCUCUCCUUUAGGUGUGUGGCUUCGUGGGCCUUUAGUACAAGCCAGUGACAGCUCUACCUCUCUCUGUCUCCUCUCUGUCUGUCUCUCUAGGUGUGUGGUUUCGUGGGCCUGUACUACAACGUGAUCAUCGGCUGGAGUAUCUUCUACUUCUUCCAGUCAUUCCAGUACCCACUGCCCUGGGCAGAGUGCCCCAUCAGGGUGGUCAACGGGAGCCAAGCCAGUGAGUACAAAACACAAAUACUCUCAGAACGUACAGACAGCUAAUACUAACAUGCUAACGUAAUGCUAAUGUGAGGUGAGUGGAUGAGCAAAAGGCUAACAUGAGGUUCCCUGCCUCCUGCCUCUUGACUGGCUGUGUGCUGCAGCUGCCUGCCGUCACUCUUUGACAGCUGCUGAAUACACACAGAGACUGGGUCAUACGUUCUGACAUGAUGAUGCAUCAGAGCUGCUCUCUCAGAUCAGUUAAGGACUAUCCCACACAGUUCAGCUCAGCUCAGCAGAUAUAUGGCAGAUAGACAGACAGAUAGAUAGACAGACAGAUAGACAGCAAAUAGACAGACAGACAGACAGAUAGACAGCAAUCUUAGACUUCACUCUAUUUCACAGCUAUUUCUAUUUCUCACUUCACAUUUCUCAAACCUUCUCCUCCCCCUCUCCCCUCCCCUCUCUCCUCUCUCCCUCCCCCUCUCUCCUCUCUCCUCCCCCCCCCUCCUCUCGCUCCUCCCCUCUCCCCCUCUCCUCCCCCUCUCUCCUCCCCCUCUCGUCUCACCCCUCCCUCCCCCUUUCCCCUCUCACCUCCCCCUUCUCCCUCUCCUCCCCCUUUCCCCUCUCCUCCCCUUCUCUCUCCUCCCCUCUCCCCUCCUCCUCCCUUCUCUCUGCUCCCCUCCCCCUCUCCUCCCCUUCUCCUCCUCCCCCUCCCCUCUCUCCUCCCCUUCUCUCCUCACCUCCACCCCUCGCCCCCCUCUCCCCUCCUUCUCUCCCCCUCUCUCUCCCUCUCCUCCCCCCCUCCCCCUCUCUCCUCCCCUUCUCUCUCCUCCCCCUCUCCCCUCUCCCCCUCUCUCCCUCCCUCCCCCUUCCUCCUCUCCUCCCCUCUCCCCUCCCUCUCCCCUCUCUCCCUCCCCCUCUCCGCUCUCCUCCCCUCCCUCUCCCCCUCCUCCUUCCUCCCCUCUCCCCUUCUCCCUCUCCUCCUCCCUCUCCCCCUCUCUUCCCCACUCUCCUCCCUCCGCCCCUAUCUCCCCCUCUCCUCCUCCCCUUCUCUCUCCUCCCCAUCUCCCCUCUCUCCUCCCCAUCUCUCUCUCCCCCCCUCUCCCCUCUCUCCUCCCCCUCUCCUCCUCUCUCCUCCCCCUCUCCUCCUCUAGUAAUCGAACCGGAGUGUGAAAAGUCUUCUGCCACUACCUACUUCUGGUACAGGCAGACCCUGAACAUCACCAGCACCAUCGAGGACAGCGGAGGCCUGAACUGGAGGAUGACCCUGUCCCUGUUCGCCGCCUGGCUCAUCGUCUGUCUGGCAGUGAUCAAGGGCAUCCAGUCAUCUGGGAAGGUAACAGGCAGGGACGUAUAUAUACAUACAGUACAUAUGGGCUCCCGAGUGGCGCAGCGGUCUAAGGCACUGCAUCUCAGUGCUUGAGGCGUCAUUACAGACCCCCUGGUUCGAUUCCAGGCUGUAUCACAACCGGCCGUGAUUGGGAGUCCCAUAGGGCGGCGCACAAUUGGUCCAGCGUAGUCCGGGUUUGGCCGGUGUAGGCCGUCAUUGUAAAUAAGAAUUUGUUCUUAACUGACUUGCCUAGUUAAAUAAAGGUUAAACAAAUGUACAGUGCCUUCGGAAAGUAUUCAGACCCCUUGACCUUUUCCACAUUGUUACGUUACAGCGUUAUUCUAAAAUUGAUUAAAUAAAUAAAAAUCCUCAACAAUCUACACACAAUACCCCAUAAUGACAAAGAGAAAACAUGUUUUUAGAAAAAUUUGAAAUACCUUAUUUGCAUAAGUAUUCAGACCCUUUGCUAUAAGACUCGAAAUUGAGCUCAGGUGCAUCCUGUUUCCAUUGAUCAUACUUGAGAUGUUUCUACAACUUGAUUGGAGUCCACCUGUGGUAAAUUCAGUUGAUUGGACAUGAUUUGGAAAGGCACACACCUGUCUAUGUAAGGUCCCACGGUUCAAAAGCCAUGAGGUCGAAGGAAUUGUCCUUAGAGCUCCGAGACAGGAUUGUGUCGAGGCACAGAUCUGGGGAAGGGUAACAAAACAUUUCUGCAGCAUUGAAGGUCCCCAGGAACACAAUGGCCUCCAUCAGUUUGGAACCACAAAGACUCUUCCUAGAGCUGGCCGCCUUCCUGAGCAAUCUGGGGAGAAGGGCCUUGGUCAGGGAGGUGACCAAGAACUCAAUGGUCACUCUGACAGAGCUCUAGAGUUCCUCUGUGGAGAUGGGAGAACCUUCCAAAAGGACAACCAUCUCUGCAGCACUCCACCAAUCAGGCCUUUAUGGUAGAGUGGCCAGAUGGAAGCCACCCCUCAGUAAAAGGCACAUGACAGCCACUUGGAGUUUGCCAAAAAAGCCACCUAAAAGCUCUCAGACAACUCUCCCGAGUGGCGCAGUGGCCUAAGGCACUGCAUCGCAGUGCUAGCUGUGCCACUAGAGAUCCUGGUUCGAAUCCAGGCUCUGUCGUAGCCGGCCGCGACCGGGAGACCCAUUGGGCGGCGCAUAAUUGGCCCUGCGUCGUCCAGGGUAGGGGAGGGAAUGGCCGGCAGGGAUGUAGCUCAGUUGGUAGAGCAUGGCGUUUGCAACGCCAGGGUUGUGGGUUCAAUUCCCACGGGGGGCCAGUAUGAAAAAUAAAAUAAUGUAUGCACUCACUAACUGUAAGUCGCUCUGGAUAAGAGCGUCUGCUAAAUGACUAAAAUAUAAAUGUAAACAAGAUUCUCUAGUCUGAUGAUUGAACUCUUUGGCCUGAAUGCCAAGCGUCACAUCUGAAGGAAACCUGGCACCAUCCCUACGGUGUAGCAUGGUGGUGGCAGCAUCAUGCUGUGGGGAUUUUUUUCAGCGGCAGGGACUGGGAGACUAGUCAGGAUUGAGGCAAAGAUGAACGGAGGAAAGUACAGAGAGAUCCUUGAUGAAAACCUGCUCCAGAGCGCUUAGGACCUCAGACUGGGGCAAAGGUUCACCUUCCCACAGGACAAUGACCCUAAGCACACAGCCAAGACAACGCAGCAGUGGCUUCGGGACAAGUCUCUGAAUGUCCUUGAGUGGCCCAUCCAGAGCCCGGACCUGAACCCGUUUCGAACAUCUCUGGAGAGACCUGAAAAUAGCUGUGCAGCAACACUCCCCAUCCAACCUGACAGAGCUUGAGCGGAUCUGCAGAGAAGAAUGGGAGAAACUUCCCAAAUACAGGUGUGCCAAGCUUGUAGCGUCAUACUCAAGGCUGUAAUCGCUGCCAAAGGUGCUUCAACAAAGUACUGAGUAAAGGGUCUGAAUACUUAUGUAAAUGUAAUAUUUCGGUUUUGAUUUUUAAUACAUUUGCAAACAUUUUUAAAAACCUGUUUUUGCUUUGUCAUUAUGGGGUAUUGUGUGUAGAUUGAUGAGGUAACCUAACAAAAUGUGGAAAAAGUCACGGGGUCUGAAUACUUUCCGAAGGCACUGCAUAUAUACACUAUCUGAAGGUAUAUAUGGCUCUGGAAAGGUGCAGGGGCAUUGUCUUCCAACAGCCCCUGUAUGUUGUUGUAACGUGAUUAUGUGGUAAGACAGUGGGGGAGGGGUUACUUGAGAAAGAAACACUGGUAUUGUUGAAAUUGUUCUUGAAGGCGGCUCAAGAGAUCCAUUCAGUUGUUUGUGGAGUGUUAUAGAAUACUUGUGUGCUGGAGUUUCUACUGUUUCAAAUCCAGACAUUUCCCUAUAGACUUUCUAUAACUACCACACUGUAUGAAUAUAUGUCCUCUCAUCUGUGUACGUAUAUUGAUUUUCAUGAAGAGUUUUAUACUGGCUGAAUUGUGACAUAACUUAUGAUGAGAAAGGCUAAAGUGCUAAAGCAUAUCACGAUUCAAUACUAUUUUUGUAUUUUCUUAUGUUAUGGGGAAAGAAGCAUGCAAAAUUGAUGAGGUUAGUCUUAAGAGGCCACUAGGCUCAGUGUGGUUAGAUAAUACACUAUAUAUACAAAAGUAUGUGGACACCCCUUCAAAUUAGUGGAUUUGGCUAUUUCAUGCCAGACCCGUUGCUGACAGGUGUAUAGAAUCGAGCACACAACCAUGCAAUCUCCAUAGACAAACAUUGGCAGUACAAUGGCCCUCACUGAGGAGCUCAGUGACUUUCAACGUGGCACCGUCAUUAGGAUGCCACCUUUCCAACAAGUCAGUUCGUCAAAUUUCUGCCCUGCUAGAGCUGCCCCGGUCAACUGUAAGUGCUGUUAUUGUGAAGUGGAAACGUCUAGGAGCAACAACGCCUCAGCCGUGAAGUGGGUAGGCCACACAAGCUCACAGAACGGGACCGCCGAGUGCUGUCCUCGGUUGCAACACACACUACAGAGUUCCAAACUACGUCUGGAAGCAACGUCAGCACAAGAACUGUUAGUCGGGAGCUUCAUGAAAUGGGUUUCCAUGGCCGAGCAGCCGCACACAAGCCUAAGAUCACCAUGCGCAAUGCCGCGUCGGCUGGAGUGGUGUAAAGCUCGCUGCCAUUGGACUCUGGAGCAGUGGAAACGCGUUCUCUGGAGUGAUGAAUCACGCUUCACAAUCUGGCAGUCCGACAGAGGAAUCUGGGUUUAGCGGAUGCCAGGAGAACGCUAUCUGUCCCAAUGCAUAGUGCCAACUGUAAAGUUCGGUGGAGAAGGAAUAAUGGUCUGGGGCUGUUUUUCAUGGUUCCGGCUAGGCCCCUUAGUUCCAGUGAAGGGAAAUCUUAACGUUACAGCAUACAAUGACAUUCUAAACUAUUCUGUGCUUCCAACUUUGUGGAAACAGUUUGGGGAAGGCCUUUCCAGUUUCAGAAUGUCAAUGCCCCUGUGCACAAAGCGAGGUCCGUACAGAAAUAGUUUGUUGAGAUUGGUGUGGAAGAACUUUACUGGCCUGCACAGAGCCCUGACCUCAACCCCAUCAAAACACCUUUGGGAUGAAUUGGAACGCAGAUUGCGAGCCAGGCUUAAUCGCCCAACAUCAGUGCCCGACCUCACAAAUACUCGUGGCUGAAUGGAAGCAAGUCCCCGCAGCAAUGUUCCAACAUCUAGUGGAAAGCCUUCCCAGAAGAGUGGAGGCUGUUAUAGCAGCAAAGGGGGGACCAACUCCAUAUUAAUGCCCAUGAUUUUGGAAUUAGAUGUUCGACGAGCAGGUGUCCACAUACUUUUAGUAAUGUAGUGCAUGUUGGCUGGCUCACAACUCUGCAUCCCAAAUGGCACCCUAUUCCCUAUAUAGUGCACUAUAUUCAGAAUAACAAUGUGCUUUCAUCUCAGUCCAAACAAUGAGUCAUGAUCACAACACAACAUCCAACCCACAUUGUGGAAUAGGGAAAUUCAUAAGAGACAUUGCCAAGAUCUGACACACUCUGUCUGCGUUCCAAAUGGCACCCUAUUCCCUACUUUUUUUUCCAGUGGCCCUGGUCAAAAGCAGUGCACUAUACAGGGAAUAUGUUGACAUUUUGAAAGCACUCUUUAAAACAUGGGACUCUGUAAUAAUCCCAUUAUGGUAGCAAGGCCGAAGACAUUCACAGAAAUGCUUGAGGAAGAGAAUCUCUCUCUCUCUCUCUCUCUCUCUCUCUCUCUCUCUCUCUCUCUCUCUCUCUCUCUCUCUCUCUCUCUCUCUCUCUCUAUCUCUCUCUCUCUCUCUCUCUCUCUCUCUCUCUCUCUCUCUCUCUCUCUCUCUCUCUCUCUCAAAACCUCAAGGAUUCCUCUCUACAUCAGGGAACACUACACAGAUCUACACAACCACAACAAGUACAUACUGUGGGCUCUGUGUGUGUGUAUAUACAGUGUGUGCGUGAAUAUACAGUGUGUGCAUGUAUGCCCAUGUCUGUCUUAGCGUCUUCUACACUGUGAGACUACGGCAGUGUGGUAGUGUCCAUGGUAACAGCUUGAUGUGUGUGUCGUCCUCUGUCUGUCGCCCCCCUCAGGUCAUAUUCUUCAUGAUAACAGUUUGUGUGUGUUUGUGUGUGUGUGUGCGCGCCUGCGUGCACGUGUGUGUGUGUGUGCAUUUGUGCAUGUGUGUCUGUGUGUGUGUGUGUUUUCUCUCCCCUCAGGUGAUGUACUUCAGCUCUCUCUUCCCCUACGUGGUGUUGAUCUGUUUCCUCGUCAGAGGCCUGAUGCUCAAAGGAUCUGUUGACGGCAUCGCUCACAUGUUCACCCCAAAGGUACACACACACACACACACACUCCAAACGGUACACACAUACACACACACUCCAAAAGGUACGCACCACACCAUCCUUCAUCUGUGGUUCUGAGAAUUACAGCCCCAAAGGUUCAUAUAUUCAUUGUAAAAGAUAACACACACGCUAACCUCAGUCUGACACGCUAACCUCAGUCUGGCACGCUAACCUCAGUCUGGCACGCUAACCUCAGUCUGACACGCUAACCUCAGUCUGACACGCUAACCUCAGUCUGACACGCUAACCUCAGUCUGACACGCUAACCUCAGUCUGACACGCUAACCUCAGUCUGAUACGCUAACAUCAGUCUGGCACGCUAACCUCAGUCUACACGCUAACCUCAGUCUGACACGCUAACCUCAGUCUGCAUCGGUCUGACACGCUAACCUCGGUCUGACACGUUAACCUCAGUCUGACACGCUAACCUCGGUCUGACACGCUAACCUCGGUCUGACACGCUAACCUCAGUCUGACACGCUAACCUCAGUCUGACACGCUAACCUCAGUCUGCACGCUAACCUGUCUGCACGGAAACGUCAGUCUGCACGCUAACCUCAGUCUGCACGCUAACCUCAGUCUGCACGCUAACCUCAGUCUGACACGCUAACCUCAGUCUGCAUGCUAAACACAGCCUGCAUGCUAACCUCGGUCUGACACGCUAACCUCGGUCUGACACGCUAACCUCGGUCUGACACGUUAACCGCAGUCUGACACGCUAACCUCAGUGUGACACGCUAACCUCAGUCUGACACGCUAACCUCAGUCUGAUACGCUAACCUCAGUCUGACACGCUAACCUCAGUCUGCACGCUAACAUCAGUGUGACAUGCUAACCUCAGUCUGACACGCUAACCUCAGUCUGACACGCUAACCUCAGUCUGACACGCUAACCUCAGUCUGGCACGCUAACCUCGGUCUGACACGCUAACCUCAGUCUGGCACGCUAACCUCGGUCUGACACGCUAACCUCAGUCUGACACGCUAACCUCAGUCUGACACGCUAACCUCAGUCUGCACGCUAACCUCAGUCUGACACGCUAACCUCAGUCUGCAUGCUAAUCUCAGUCUGCACGCUAACCUCAGUCUGACACGUUAACCUCAGUCUGACAUGCUAACCUCCUGAGUGGCGCAGUGGUCUAAGGCACUGCAUCGCAGUGCUAACAUGUGCCACUAGAUCCUGGUUCGAUCGCACCUCUGUCGCAGCCGGCCGCGACCGGGAGAACCUCAUGGCGGCGCACAAUGGCCCAGCGUGCUAACUCCAGGGUAGGGUAGGCAAUAGCCGGGAGGACUGUAGCCAUUGAUUAGAGCAUGCAUUUGCCACGCCAGGGGUUGUGGGUUCGAUUCCCACGGGGGGCCAGUAUAAAAAUUAAAUAAAAAUGUAUUCACCAACUGUAAGUCGCUCUGGAUAUGAGCGUCUGCUAAAUGACUAAAAUGUAAAAUGUAACGUCAGUCUGCACGUUGUGUACCCAAAGGUACGACACAGCCAUCCAACGUCCAACACUAUCUCUGACUCCAUCUCAAACACAGGGCUUUGGCUCUCAUCACACACUCAGACUAGAGAGCAUUGUUACAGAGCUCACAUCCUGAGAGGAGAGAAAUGUUUCCUGAUAUGGCAGUGUCUGUUUGUCUGUCUGAACUGGAUUCUAUGUAGGGGAUAGGAAACUCUAGUCGCAGUGCAGUGUUUGUCCUGCAGUAUUUUCUCCUCAUCCUUGAUUUAUAAUGUGGAUUAGGGGAUAUGCUUUAUAUAAAGGACACUCAACCAUCAUUAAUUAAUGGAUUCAGAGCCUCAGUACUGUACCAGAUCCUUAAUUUACUGUGAGUCGUUAGUAUUCACUUUAAGAGACUGAAAAUGUGAAAGUGUGGUUGUUGUCGCCCUCUAAAGGCUGACUGAGGUACUCACGCUUAGUCAUGUAUUUUUCCUCUGAAGGUAUACAUUUGACAGAAAUGUCAAAUUAGAGCGUGAUUGUGUGUGGAGCAUUAAGUUGUUGACCUUUGCCCCUGACCUCUAACCUCAAACAGGCGGCAGGUAGCCUAGUGGUUAGAGCGUUGGGCCAGUAACCGAAAGGUUUCUGGUUUGAAUACAUCUGUCGAUGUGCCCUUGAGCAAGUCACUUAACCCUAAUUUGCUCCAGGGGUGCUGUACUGCUAUGGCUGACCCUGUAAAACAACACAUUUCUGGUGUAUGUGACAAUAAAACCUAUUUUAUUUUUUUACCUCUAACGCCAGUUGGAGAAGAUGCUGGAGCCCCAGGUUUGGAGGGAGGCAGCCACCCAGGUGUUCUUCGCCCUGGGGUUAGGGUUCGGAGGGGUCAUAGCCUUCUCCAGCUACAACAAGCGGGACAACAACUGCCACUUUGACGCAGCGCUGGUCUCCAUCAUCAACUUCAUCACCUCCAUCCUGGCUACGCUGGUGGUGUUCGCCGUGCUGGGGUUCAAGGCCAACAUCAUGAACGAGAAAUGUGUUGUGGAGUGAGUAUAUUUAGCCUGGUCCCAGAUCGGUUUGUGCUGUCUUCUGGUCCCAGAUCUGUUUGUGCUGUCUUCUGGAGUAAAUCUGCUUUGUAAUCCUGAUUUAAUAUUAUGUGUCGUUGGAGUAAAUCUGCUGUCCACUCAGUCGUUCCUCUUGGCUUACGUUUGAAUCAUUAUGGGACAGUUUAUGUCUGUUUUGCAGUGCAUACUAAUUCAAAAAAGCUUAGGCCAGGAUUCAAUCCAACGCAGGACUAAUGACCUGGGCACAGCAAUACACUUUUAGACACAAUCUACCAGACAUUGGCUGAGAUGGUGAUCUCUGUAAACACUGCAGUAAAUGACAGUGCACAGGUCGUUAAUCUGUUUUUGUUUGAAUUCGGAUCUCACUCUUGUCAACAGAUAACUCAACCAAACUCAAAUAGUUUAAUCAAACUCAAAUAGCUUAACCAAUCGCAUAUUGUCAUUGUAAAAUAGAUGAGCUCUUCUUCAGUACUAACCCUACCCUCCUCUCUUCUCUCCUCCUGUCUACAGGAGUGCAGAGAAGAUCCUAGGUUACCUGAACUCAGGUGUGUUGAGUCCUGAGCUGAUCCCUCCCCACAUCAACUUCUCUCACCUGUCAGCUGUGGACUAUCAGGAGAUGUAUGGAGUGAUCAAGACUGUCAGGGAGGACAGCUUCGAUCAGCUAGGACUGGACCCCUGUGUACUGGAGGACGAACUCAACAAGGUAUGUUGGCCUGGACCCCUGUGUACUGGAGGACGAACUCAACAAGGUAUGUUGGCCUGGACCCCUGUGUACUGGAGGACGAACUCAACAAGGUAUGUUGGCCUGGACCCCUGUAUCCUGGAGGACGAACUCAACAAGGUAUGUUGGCCUGGACCCCUGUAUCCUGGAGGACGAACUCAACAAGGUAUGUUGGCCUGGACCCCUGUAUCCUGGAGGACGAACUCAACAAGGUAUGUUGGCCUGGACCCCUGUAUCCUGGAGGACGAACUCAACAAGGUAUGUUGGCCUGGACCCCUGUAUCCUGGAGGACGAACUCAACAAGGUAUGUUGGCCUGGACCCCUGUAUCCUGGAGGACGAACUCAACAAGGUAUGUUGGCCUGGACCCCUGUAUCCUGGAGGACGAACUCAACAAGGUAUGUUGGCCUGGACCCCUGUAUCCUGGAGGACGAACUCAACAAGGUAUGUUGGCCUGGACCCCUGUAUCCUGGAGGACGAACUCAACAAGGUAUGUUGGCCUGGACCCCUGUAUCCUGGAGGACGAACUCAACAAGGUAUGUUGGCCUGGACCCCUGUAUCCUGGAGGACGAACUCAACAAGGUAUGUUGGCCUGGACCCCUGUAUCCUGGAGGACGAACUCAACAAGGUAUUUUGGCCUGGACCCCUGUAUCCUGGAGGACGAACUCAACAAGGUAUUUUGGCCUGGACCCCUGUAUCCUGGAGGACGAACUCAACAAGGUAUGUUGGCCUGGACCCCUGUAUCCUGGAGGACGAACUCAACAAGGUAUGUUGGCCUGGACCCCUGUAUCCUGGAGGACGAACUCAACAAGGUAUGUUGGCCUGGACCACUGUAUCCUGAGCCUAGCAUGAAAGUGCAUCCUUGUCGCUGUGUGGACUAAUAUAGUCAAAAUGUUUGCCUUGGGGUAAGUUGAUCCAAUAGCCAUGGGGUAAGUUGAUCCAAUAGCCUUGGGGUAAGUUGAUCCAAUAGCCAUGGGGUAAGUUGAUCCAAUAGCCAUGGGGUAAGUUGAUCCAAUAGCCUUGGGGUAAGUUGAUCCAAUAGCCAUGGGGUAAGUUGAGCCAAUAGCCAUGGGGUAAGUUGAUCCAAUAGCCAUGGGGUAAGUUGAUCCAAUAGCCAUGGGGUAAGUUGAGCCAAUACCCAUGGGGUAAGUUGAUCCAAUAGCCAUGGGGUAAAUUGAUCCAAUAGCCAUGGGGUAAGUUGAGCCAAUGGUUGAGCCAAUGGCAAGUUGAGCAAAUGGAAAUGUUUUCUUCCUAGGCGUAAUGCAAGGCAUUAUCUCUGGGAUAAUAUGGUAACAACAGGGCCUGGCCGAUGUUAAAAGUGUUUUUUAAAAAGUACACAGUGUUUGUUAGGUGUUAAGCCUGUGUAAAAAAUGCUUAAAAAAAAAAAAAGUGAUUGUGAUUGUGUUGAAUUGUGUUUGGUAAAUUAAGAUAGACGUGGUUUUAAAAAGGUAGUGGUAAUAUUUCAGGGCUUAUCUUACCCCGUCCCGUGGCUCAACAUACCCCAUACCCGGGGUAAAUUGUGACAAGAGACCACUUUUUUGGGGCAAGCUAUGUUUUAAAACUGUAAUGUUUACAUGAAUUCUGAUUAUUUCCAGGGAUAAACAACAUCCUGAUAUAUAUGUAGAUAUCUUUGUUAGAAAGAAUACCCCUUGACGGAGUGAUGCUGAAUGUAAAAAAAUGGCUCAACUUACCCCACUCUCCCCUACAUAAAACAUCUCUCUUGGUUUUUCUUUCUCUCUCUCUCUCUCUCUCCAGUCAGUACAGGGUACAGGCCUGGCCUUCAUUGCCUUCACUGAGGCCAUGACCCACUUCCCUGCCUCUCCGUUCUGGUCCGUCAUGUUCUUCUUCAUGCUGAUUAACCUGGGGCUGGGGUCCAUGAUCGGCACCAUGACAGGGAUCACCACACCUGUACUGGACGCCUUCCCCAAGAUACGCAAGGAAUUCCUCUGUGGUGAGGCUUCUGUUGAUUGGUUGGUUGGUUGAUUGGUCGAUAGAUUGAUUCUUUAUCAGUCAUUAGUCAAAGGUCUGUUGGCAUCAGCCAAUGGCUGUUGAAAGACACAACUUGUUGUGUCUUUCUGGACAAUGCAACAACAAUAAGAAAUAAUGAAAGAUAAGAAUAGGAACAUAAAGUAAAUGUCUCAGUAGAACAGAAUAAACAUGUGUGAUAAGAUUCAGAGAGUCAGUGCAGGUGGUCAGUCCAGUUAAAGUGUUCAGCAGUCUGAUGGCUUGUAGAUAGAAACUGUCUCUGGCAGUGGAGGCUGCUGAGGGGAGGACGGCUCAUAAUAAUGACUGGAAUGGAGCGAAUGGAAUGGCAUCGAACCAUGUGUUUGAUGUGUUUGAUUCCAUUCCACCUAUUCAGUCGUUACCACGAGCCUGUCUCCCCCAACAACAUCCUGUGGUCUCUGGAUGGGUGGAAGCACGGUCCCAGUGAUGGAGCGCCUUUCGGUCGUGGACGGAGCAAUUCCCGUACCAGGCCGUGUUGCAACCGGUCAGGACGCUCUCGAUGGUGCAGCGGUGGUAUUGGGGAGGACCUGGGGCGGCAAUGACGAAUUUCUUCAGCCUCUUUAGGAAGUAGAGACGCUGUUGUGCCCUCUUGACAAGAGUGGUGGUGUUGGUCCAUGUCAAGUCCUCGGUGAUGUGGACGCCAAGGAACUUAAAACUGCUGACUCUCUCUACUGCAGUCCCAUUGAUGUGGAUAGGGGCAUGUUCCCUCCUCUACUUCCUGAAGUCAACAAUCAACUCCUUUGUUCUGCUGACAUUGAGGGACAGGUUGUUGUCCUGGCACCACAAUGCCAGUUCACUUACCUCCUCCCUAUAGGCUGACUCGUCAUUGUUGAUGAUCAGGCCUACAACCGUGGUGUCGUCAGCAAACUUGAUGAUGCAGUUGGUGUCGUGCAAAGCAACACAGACGUGGGUGAACAGGGAAUACAGCAAAGGGCUGAGGACACACCCCUGGAGGGCCCCUGUUUUAAGAGCCAGUGUGGAGGAGGUUUUGUUGCCAAUCCUCACAGCCUGUAGUCUGCCCAUCAGGAAAUCCAGGAUCCAGUUCCAGAGGGUGGUGUCCAGACCCAGGGGCUCUGAGCUUAGUAUCGAGCUUGGAGGGAACAAUAGUGUUGAAUGCUGAACUGUAGUCAAAUGAACAGCAUUCUCAAAUAGGUGUUCCUCUUGUUUAAAUGUGUUAGGGCUGUCUGAAUAGCCAUGAUGGAUCUGAUGAAACGUGGAUCUUCCUCUCUCAGUGGGCCUUCUUUUUGUGUUCUGUAUGUAUGAUUAUUAAUGUUUCCUCAUCCUCCUCCUCCUGUCCUCUUCUCAGUUGGUUGUUGCAUUGUGGCGUUCUUCUGCGGCCUGCUGUUCGUCCAGCGCUCCGGGAACUACUUUGUGACCAUGUUUGAUGACUACUCCGCCGGCCUGCCUCUCACUGUGGUGGUCAUACUGGAGAAUAUAUCUGUGGCCUGGAUCUACGGCACCAAGAGGUACUGGUUACAUAACGUGACACGGGCCACUUAAAUAUUACUUUACAGCAGUGCCACAGAGAAAUGGCUUUGUAGAUUUGUAUCAUGGUGAAUGUGCUCAGAACUCAUGUGUAAUCUCUCUCUCUCUCUCUCUCUCGCUCUCUCUCCUCUCUCUCUCUCUCUCUCUCUCUCUCUCUCUUCUUCAUCCUCUCUCUCUCUGCUCUCCCUCCGUCUCUCGCUCUCUCUCUCUCUCUCCUCUCCUCUCUCUCUCUCUCUCUCUUCGUCUCUCUCUAGCUCUCUCUCUCUCUCUCUCUCUCUCUCUCUCUCUCUCUCUCUCCUCUCUCUCUCAUGUUCAUGCAGGACCUAGAGGACAUGUUGGGUUUCAGACCCUACUCUUUCUAUUUCUAUAUGUGGAAGUACGUGUCUCCUGCCUGUCUCACCGUGCUCAUCGUGGCCACUGUGAUAGAGAUGGCCGUCAGUCCAGCAGGGUACAACGCCUGGGUAGAGGAACUGGUCAGUGAAUCAUCUCUCUCAUGGUAGCUUCUCUGUCUCGCUCUCUUUUUCUCUCUCUUUCUCACUCCUUCGAUCUGCUUUGUAUUCAGAUGUGCAUUUGCUUGCCCCAUUUGCUUGCCCUCAUGCUACCACUAGAGUGAAAGCACCGCCAGCAUUCAAAAGUGACCAAAACAUCAGCCAGGAAGCAUAGGAACUGAGAAGUGGUCUGUGGUCACCACCUGCAAAACCAGUCCUUUAUUGGGGGUGUCUUGCUAAUUGCCUAUAAUUUCCACCUGUUGUCUAUUCCAUUUGCACAACAGCAUGUGACAUUUAUUGUCAAUCAGUGUUGCUUCCUAAGUGGACAGUUUGAUUUCACAGAAGUGUGAUUGACUUGGAGUUACAUUGUGUUGUUUAAGUGUUCCCUUAAUUUUUUUGAGCAGUGUAUGUUUUAAUUAUUUAAUAAAUUCACUCACUCUCUCCUCUCUCCUCCCUCUUCUUCCUCCUCCCUCUCCUCUCUCCUUCCUCUCGUCUUCCCCCUCCGCUAGGCGUCGGAGAAGUUCCUCUCCUACCCUCCGUGGGCUCUGGGCGUGGCCUACUCCCUCAUCAUCGCCGCCAUGCUUCCUCUCCCCUGUGUCUUCAUCGCCCGCCACUUCAACCUGCUCUCUGACGGCUCCAACAAGCUGUCCGUCUCCUACCGUAAAGGCAUGACCAAGGACCUCUCUGGCCUGGAGGAGGAGAACGAGUCCCGCUUCAUCCUCAGUAAAGGCACCCCCAGCCCCAACCCUUCGCCCAUGCCCUCUCACCGCCCCUACCUGGGGCCCGGCGGAGCCCAGGAGAUGACCAACACGGCUGGAUAUGGUACCGGGACACCGACCAAGACGGGUUAUCAGAAUAUUAAUUCACCAGAGUCCGUACUAUGAUCGAUCUGACUGAUUGAAGCACAAGACACCCUAUCUAUCAAACACAACUCAGCACAACCCCUCCAGAGAGAGAGAAAGAGAGAAAGAGCACUGCCGGGGGAUGUUUUAGCACAACCUAACCCCUUCCACUCCAUUCCUCCACUCCCCCCCUCUACUGUUCACCUAGAUGUAAAGCACAGCCCCCCCUCUCUCUACUGUUCACCUAGCUGUAAAGCACAGCCCCCUCUCUCUACUGUUCACCUAGCUGUAAAGCACAGCCCCCCCCCUCUACUGUUCACUUUGCUGUUUAUUAUUAUUAUUAUUAUUAUUAUUAUAUAUUAUUACUGUAAAGCACAGCCCCCUCUUCUCUACUGUUCACCUAGCUGUAAAGCACAGCCCCCCCCCUACUGUUCACCUAGCUGUAAAGCACAGCCCCCCCCCCCCCCUACUGUUCACCUAGAUGUGAAGCACAGGCCCCCCCCCCUACUGUUCACCUAGCUGUAAAGCACAUCCCCCCCCUCUCUCUACUGUUCACCUAGCUGUAAAGCACAGCCCCCCCCCCUACUGUUCACCUAGCUGUAAAGCACAGCCCCCCCCCCCCCCCUACUGUUCACCUAGCUGUAAAGCACAGCCCCCCCCCCCCUACUGUUCACCUAGCUGUAAAGCACAGCCCCCCCCCCUACUGUUCACCUAGCUGUAAAGCACAGCCCCCCCCCCCCUACUGUUCACCUAGCUGUAAAGCACAGCCCCCCCCCCCCCCCUACUGUUCACCUAGCUGUAAAGCACAGCCCCCCCCCCUACUGUUCACCUAGCUGUAAAGCACAGCCCCCCCCCCCCCACUGUUCACCUAGCUGUAAAGCACAGCCCCCCCCCUCUACUGUUCACCUAGCUGUAAAGCACAGCCCCCCCCCCUACUGUUCACCUAGCUGUAAAGCACAGCCCCCCCCCCCCCCCCCCUACUGUUCACCUAGCUGUAAAGCACAGCCCCCCCCCCUACUGUUCACCUAGCUGUAAAGCACAGCCCCCCCCCCCUACUGUUCACCUAGCUGUAAAGCACAGCCCCCCCCCCCCCCUACUGUGUCACCUAGCUGUAAAGCACAGCCCCCCCCCUACUGUUCACCUAGCUGUAAAGCACAGCCCCCCCCCCCCCCCUGUUCACCUAGCUGUAAAGCACAGCCCCCCCCCCCCCACUGUUCACCUAGCUGUAAAGCACAGCCCCCCCCCUACUGUUCACCUAGCUGUAAGCACAGCCCCCCCCCCCCCCUACUGUUCACCUAGCUGUAAAGCACAGCCCCCCCCCCUACUGUUCACCUAGCUGUAAGCACAGCCCCCCCCCCCUACUGUUCACCUAGCUGUAAAGCACAGCCCCCCCCUACUGUUCACCUAGCUGUAAAGCACAGCCCCCCCCCUACUGUUCACCUAGCGUAAAGCACAGCCCCCCCCCCCCUACUGUUCACCUAGCUGUAAAGCACAGCCCCCCCCCCCCCCCCCCCCCCCUACUGUUCACCUAGCUGUAAAGCACAGCCCCCCCCCCUACUGUUCACCUAGCUGUAAAGCACAGCCCCCCCCUACUGUUCACCUAGCUGUAAAGCACAGCCCCCCCCUACUGUUCACCUAGCUGUAAAGCACAGCCCCCCCCCUACUGUUCACCUAGCUGUAAAGCACAGCCCCCUCUUCUCUACUGUUCACCUAGUUGUAAAGCACAGCCCCCCCCCCCUCUACUGUUCACCUAGCUGUAAAGCACAGCCCCCCCCCUCUACUGUUCACCUAGCUGUAAAGCACAGCCCCCCCUCUCUCUACUGUUCACCUAGCUGUAAAGCACAGCCCCCCCUCUCUCUACUGUUCACCUAGAUGUAAAGCACAGCCCCCCCCCUCUACUGUUCACCUAGCUGUAAAGCACAGCCCCCCCCCCCCCUACUGUUCACCUAGCUGUAAAGCACAGAUCCCCCCAUAUCUAAGCCUUAACACAAAACAGUAGUUUCAUUCUAAUCUACAGUGACCUUCCCCACGUCGCCCCUAAACCCCACAUCGCCCCUAAACCCCACGUCGCCCCUAAACCCCACGUCGCCCCUAAACCCCACGUCGCCCCUAAACACCACGUCACCCCUAAACCCCACGUCGCCCCUAAACCCCACGUCGCCCCUGAACCCCACGUCGCCCCUAAACCCCACAUCGCCCCUAAACCCCACAUCGCCCCUAAACCCCACAUCGCCCCUGAACCCCACGUCGCCCCUAAACCCCACAUCGCCCCUAAACCCCACAUCGCCCCUAAACCCCACAUCGCCCCUAAACCCCACGUCGCCCCUAAACCCCACGUCGCCCCUAAACCCCACGUCGCCCCUAAACCCCACAUCGCCCCUGAACCCCACGUCGCCCCUGAACCCCACGUCGCCCCUAAACCCCACGUCGCCCCUAAACCCCACACGUCGCCCCUAAACCCCACGUCGCCCCUAAACCCCACGUCGCCCCUAAACCCCACGUCGCCCCUGAACCAAACAAAACAUUUCCCCCUAAGAAACCAAGCAGAGCAGAGCCAGUACGGAUGUUGAUGGCAGUCUUCAUUUAUCAUACAUCAGAUGAAGAAUGAGGCCCCCAUUUUUAAUUUGGUCUUAGAAGGCAGUAUGAUUCAUCUGAGCACAGAUAAGCCAAGCAGCUAGCAUUUGAUCAUCAGGCAGCGUGUGUGUCGUAGUGUGUGUGUACUCCCCAGCCAGCCCAGGUGACCCCAGUAUUAGAAAUAGAACUGUGUACCCAGGGGAAGCGUGUCCGAGACAUUUGCAACCCGCCUUGGCAACGCACCGCCCUGGAGACGAAUCCUCCUGUGAGGUCGUGGAGGAAGCCACACACAGGACAGCAGGUCGUUGCGCUUCGUCAACCAGCUGUUACCAAGCCGGGUUGUGUUCAUUAGUGAGAAAACGUUUUGGAGCAGAGUGAAACCAGCUGUUACCAAGCCGGGUUGUGUUCAUUAGUGAGAAAACGUUUUGGAGCAGAGUGAAACCAGCUGUUACCAAGCCGGGUUGUGUUCAUUAGGGAGAAAAUGUUUUGCGGCAGAGUAAAACAGGGAAGUGUUACCUAAAAAUAAGAGCACAGAUUGUCAUUUUCCGUUGCAAAACGUUUUGCUAUGGUAUGCCCUACUGAACACUACCCAGGUGUACCGCCAAGCCAUUAUAUGGGGAUUGCUGUUGACCGUUGUUCCAAAAUGGAUCAAUGGGAACUGUAGGGUUAAUUAAUAUUGUACAUUCCUCUAAUCAUCUUCUUCGAUAAGCACUCUGAUCAAUUGAUGGCACUAAUAAUACAUUUAUUUCUGUGAAUUGUCAAGUUUGAAAAAAUAUAUGUUUUAUUUUCAUGGCUGAAAUAUUUGUAUGAUAGUGUGUAAUUUGUCUAAAUAACUAUUAUGUGGAUAUAAUGUAGUGUAUAUUGUAGUGUACAAAAUGAAACUCGUUUUUUUGUUGUUGCAAUAGCAGACUUGAACCACAGUGUGGCAGUGUUGGCCACCAGAGGAGUACCUGACAGUACCUUUGUGUCUCCUGCCCCUCCCUGAAGACAGUGAUGACACACACAGAUCACACUGUGGCUCUUCUAAAAAUCCAUCCUCUCCUUGCCUACUCUCCUUACCACCACUACUUAAUUGCUCUGAUCUGAAAGAACUGACUAGGGGCUGGAUUCAAUCCAUAUCUCCAAAGUAGCCGGAAGAUUCACUUUAUAGCUUGAUUGAAAUUUAAAGGCAAUGUUCCCGCAUUCAUGGAGACUGCAUUCAUGGUAAGCGCAUGCAUGUUGGUCAAUUGGAAAUUACCCUAAAAUCUUAACGCAGAUCUGCGGCGAUACUUCCGCGAUACAGAUUGAAUCCAGACCUCGGUGAAAGUACUUUCUAAACAGUGCAGAUGAAGGGGAGAAAAUCAUGAGAGAACAGAUUUGUGAGCGAAUGAGAUCGAGCAAACCUGUUGCUGGCAGCCAACCCAGACAUGGUUUAUAAUGUUGAGACAGGCUUUGGCCAACCUGUUGCCGUUGCCUGAACAGCAUCUCUGUGUCUGUCUGUUAGCCUUUUGUUAAAGUGGUCUUUGUGGAGACAUUAUGUAGAGUUGUUAUGUAGACUGUAGUUCCAGCCAUGUGAGCACUGUACAGCAGGCAGAGACCCUGGAGUUGAACAUCAAGCACUGAUCAAACAGAAAACCAGCAACAGAGCAUGGCUUGUCUGUCUCUGAAGCAGUGGUCACAACAGGACUUUCACAAAAUGCGUUUUCUAUUUAUUUUAAUUUUUAUUAGAUGUGAAUUAGGGUGGCAAAAAUUCUGGUAACUUUAACAAAGUUCCCAUGUUUUCCAGAGGAUUCCGAUUUUCCCUGGUUUUUCUCACUUCAUUCCGGGAAUCUUUCAACCAGUAUUUCGGGAAAACCUGGGAAUUUUGGGAAAGUUACCGAAAAUGUUGCGACCCUAGAAGUGAUAGAUCUCUAAUGGUGGCAGCCAAUACACAAUACACAGCACAGGAUCUAAAGUGCACAAACACAGAAGGCCUCUAGAUUUCAGCAGCGCAGCAGUAAAGCAAACAUCUGAAGCACAAAGGACCUGAGAAAACAGAAUAGAUUAUUGCAUUGUUUUCCAGCAAAUAGAGCGCAGCACUUACUCAUAGCAUUGUAUUGGCUUGUGGAUCACAGCCAAAGGUUGCUAGAGACUAAAUGGUAAUGUUGGAAGACGAGCACGCACAUCACUUAGCUACAUUCCCAUAUUGGCUACAGUCCGUGUAUGGGCCAAUGUGUACGGCAGGAACUCACAGGCUGUAUCACAAAUGGAAUCCUAUUCCCUAUACAGUGCAUUUGGAAUGCAAACACAGGAAACCUAACUCUUGCUCCCUUUUAAAAAGCCACGUUACGGAUUGUAUAGCACGUAAACAGACUAAAAUGGUUAAUGAAUUAAUCAUGCUAAAUGGUCAUAGAGGAAAUUAUUACCAAUUAGAGAGCUAGAAUCACUUGAACUAUUAUUGAUGGAGGGAGGCCAGGGAGGGAGGGAGGAAAGAGAGAGAGGGAUAGAAAGAAGUAGAGAGAGAGAGAGAGCAAGAGAGAUUGAGAGAGAGAGAGAGAGAGAGAUGAGAGAGAAUGACCCGGAGCAAAGGAGGUAGAGAGAGAGAGAGAGAGAGAGAGAGAUGAGAGGAAGAGAGAGAGGAAGAGAGAGAGGAAGAGCGGAAUAGUCUAAAAAGGAUUCUAAAAACAUGUAGACCUACAAACUGCACAAAAAGUGGAGAGACACAAUAAUGUGUAUAUUGCACAUUGCCUUUAAUAAUUAAUUUGCCAAAAAGGGUGUUAAAUUCCCUAAAUCCCUUAUUGAGGUAAUGCACUGUCAACUCCAGGGCCUGUAUGUAUUAUCACUGUCUCGUUACUACAUUAGUACAAUACAUUAAUCCUGUGUAGACUAACUCAAUUUCUCUCAAAUUACAGUGAGUGUAUUUAUCUAACAGUGAUAACAUGCUUUAUUCUGUGAAAGAUCAAUAUCUAAACUACAGUACUUUUAAAGGGAAAGUUUAGGAUUCUACAACUUGAUGUUAGAUGAUUUCCUCACCCUGAAAGUCGUCUAUAUGCCCCCAUUCACUUCCAUUGAUUGUUAGCUAGUGGUGGCUAAAGGUAGCUAAAGGUUGUAGUGGCAGUUUAAAGAAAACCGACCCGUGGGUUACAGUUUCUCCUGGCCAGAGACUACUUUCAGGGUGAGGAACCAUUUAUCAUCAAGUUGUAAAAUCACAAACUUCCCAUUUAUUCUGUAUACUUACUUCUAUACCUCUGUAGAUGUUGAUGUACAUUCUGUCAAAUUCACAAUGAAUAUAUAUAUAUAUCUAUCUAUACAGUAGGAGUGACAGGGUGAAUACUUGAGCUGUAUAUAAUAAUUGUAUAUUUUUAGAUAUUUUUGUACGUAAUGUACCCUUAUUGUGUCUGUAGAUUUAUGAUGUAAAGAUAUUAUUAGUGUGAGAUUGUUGUUCUCCAUCAAAAUAACUGGAGAGACUGUACUUUGAUGUGUGUGUCUGUGUGCUUGUGUGUGAGUAUGCGGUGUGUGUGUGUGGUGUGAGUGUCUGUUUCUGUGUACAUGUAGAUGUCGUUGCUAUAACUGGUUGUGUGUUUCUUGAUUUCCACCUUCAGUGAUUACAAUCAAGUAGAUAUGACUCAGUUGUAAUGACUUGAGACCACUGACUUCUUCAAGCAAUCUAUUAGUGUCCUGUGCGUCUUCAGCUGCUCUCUGACUCGACAGAAAUGACAACUUGAACGUGGUCAAAAAUAGUGUGUGGCAAUUCAUGAGCAUUAGUACUGUAACAAUCUAUAUUUUUGUCUUAGACAAAAUGAAAUAAAAGUUACCACUUUUGUGAACCACGUUAUACAGUGUAUUUUAUUUUACAAAUAGAUAUUUAAUUUGAAUGUGAGUCUUACCCUGUAUGUUCAACGCUUCAGGAAAAGUGUUGUAGAAAUCACAUUUCUGUUUAUCUUUUCAGCCGAGAGACUUGGAGUCCAACACUGUAUCUGUCUGUCAACAAGCAGCUUGGAGUCUAA